GCUUCCUCCUCCUGGUCUCCUCUCCCUCCGCAGCGCCUCUGCAGAAGAAGAAGAAGAAGCAGGAGCAGCCAGAGGAGAGAAGCAGGAGGAGCAGCAGCAGCAUCAUGACGAGGCGCCGCAGCCUCCCUCCCGGUGGACCCGGGCCCUGAGAGCCCCCCUCCCGUGCCCCCUUCCUUGAGGAAGACCCCUUUGCAGAGGAGGAGAAGGAGGAAGGGGCGUCGAGACCAUGGCCCAGGCCGCCAAGCAGCUCAAGAAGAUCAAAGACAUCGAGGCGCAGGCCUUGCAGGAGCAGAAGGAGAAGGAGGAGUCCAACCGCAAGAGGAGAAACCGCUCCCGGGACCGCAAGAAGAAGGCCGAUGCUGCGACAAGCUUCUUGCGGGCAGCGCGAUCUGGGAACCUGGACAAAGCCUUGGAUCACUUGAGGAAUGGAGUGGACAUCAACACCUGCAACCAGAAUGGGUUGAAUGCGUUGCACCUGGCCUCCAAAGAGGGGCACGUGAAGAUGGUGGCGGAGCUGCUACACAAGGAGAUUGUUCUGGAAACCACCACGAAGAAAGGGAACACGGCAUUGCACAUCGCUGCCCUUGCGGGGCAAGAGGACGUGGUGCGGGAAUUGGUGAACUUCGGGGCAAAUGUCAAUGCACAGUCACAGAAAGGCUUCACACCCCUGUAUAUGGCAGCACAGGAGAAUCACCUGGAAGUUGUCAAGUUCCUGCUAGAGAACAGCGCCAACCAAAAUGUGGCUACAGAAGACGGCUUCACUCCGCUGGCUGUGGCGCUUCAGCAGGGCCACGAAAACGUUGUGGCCCACCUGAUUAACUACGGGACGAAGGGCAAAGUGCGCCUCCCAGCCCUGCACAUAGCUGCCCGCAACGACGACACGCGCACAGCUGCCGUCCUCCUUCAGAACGACCCCAAUGCAGAUGUCCUCUCUAAGACUGGUUUUACCCCGCUGCACAUUGCCGCACACUACGAGAACCUCAACGUGGCCCAGUUGUUGCUAAAUCGUGGCGCAAGUGUCAACUUCACUCCCCAGAACGGCAUCACCCCGUUGCACAUUGCCUCCCGUCGGGGCAACAUCAUCAUGGUGCGCCUCCUGCUUGACCGAGGGGCCCAGAUUGAGACUCGCACCAAGGACGAGCUGACGCCCUUGCACUGCGCUUCCAGGAACGGACACGUGCGCAUUGCUGAAAUCCUCCUGGACCACGGUGCUCCCAUCCAAGCCAAGACCAAGAAUGGCUUGUCCCCCAUCCACAUGGCCUCCCAGGGAGACCACCUGGACUGCGUGCGGCUUCUGCUGCAGUACAAUGCCGACAUUGACGACAUUACGCUGGACCACCUGACGCCGCUGCAUGUGGCUGCCCACUGUGGCCACCACCGCGUGGCCAAGGUCCUGCUGGACAAGGGAGCAAAGCCAAACGCACGGGCCCUGAACGGCUUCACCCCUCUGCACAUCGCCUGCAAGAAGAACCACAUCCGGGUGAUGGAGCUCCUCCUGAAGACAGGCGCCUCCAUCGAUGCCGUCACUGAGUCGGGCCUGACCCCUCUUCACGUGGCUUCCUUCAUGGGGAACCUCCCCAUUGUCAAGAUCCUCCUGCAACGCGGAGCCUCUCCCAAUGUUUCCAAUGUGAAGGUGGAAACGCCGCUCCACAUGGCAGCCAGGGCUGGGCACACUGAGGUGGCCAAGUACCUCCUCCAGAACAAGGCCAAAGUCAAUGCCAAAGCGAAGGACGACCAGACUCCUCUCCACUGUGCGGCACGCCUCGGGCAUUGCAGCAUGGUCAAGCUCCUCCUGGAGAGUGGCGCCGACCCCAACCUGUCCACGACCGCGGGGCACACGCCGCUGCACAUCACUGCCCGCGAGGGGCACCUGGACUGCGCCUGCGCCCUCCUGGAGAAGGAGGCUUCCCAGACAGUCAUGACCAAGAAAGGAUUUACCCCUCUUCACGUGGCUUCCAAAUAUGGGAAAGUGGACGUGGCUGAAGUGCUGCUGGAGCAUAAUGCCCAGCCCAAUGCGGCCGGGAAGAACGGCCUCACGCCGCUCCACGUGGCUGUGCAUCACAACAACCUGGACAUUGUGAAAGUGCUGCUGCCCAAAGGCGCCUCCCCACACAGUGUGGCCUGGAACGGAUACACUCCUCUCCACAUCGCCGCCAGGCAGAACCAGAUGGAGGUGGCCAGCAGCCUUCUGCAAUACGGAGCCUCGGCCAACGCAGAGUCCACCCAAGGAGUGACCCCGCUCCACCUGGCCGCCCAGGAGGGCCAUGCCGAAAUGGUGCUGCUGCUCCUCUCCAAGCAAGCCAAUGGCAACUUGGGCAACAAGAGCGGCCUCACCCCUCUCCACUUGGUGGCCCAGGAGGGACACGUCCAAGUGGCAGACGUCCUCCUCCGACACGGCGUCCGGGUGGAUGCGACAACGCGGAUGGGAUACACACCACUCCACGUGGCUUGCCACUAUGGGAACAUCAAGCUAGUGAAAUUCCUCCUGCAGCACCAAGCAGAUGUCAACUCAAAGACCAAGCUGGGAUACACGCCGCUGCACCAGGCGGCACAACAGGGCCACACCGACAUCGUCACCCUCCUGCUAAAACACGGGGCCUCACCCAACGAAGUCAGUUCGAACGGGGCAACCCCUCUGGCCAUUGCCAAGCGACUGGGCUACAUUUCCGUCACCGACGUCCUCAAAAUCGUCACUGAGGAGACCAGCUUUGUGCCAUUGAGCGACAAGCACCGCAUGAGUUUCCCAGAGACGGUGGACGAAAUCCUGGACGUUUCCGAGGAUGAAGGCACGGCUCACGUAACUCUCCUGGGAGAGGACUUGCCUGGGCCCAAGUCCCACAGGCGGGAGUAUCAGUAUCAGGACGACGAGAGGGAAAUCGUGGAGUUCGUCCCCAAACUGGAUCAUGCGAGGGAAGAGUCACCAGCGAUCCCACGGAUCCCUUGCGUCACGCCGGAGACGGUACUGAUCCGGCCUGAGGAGCCAGAGCAGCCUUCCAAGGAAUUUGACGAAGAGUCCCUCAUCCCAAGCAGCCCUGCGACAGAGACCUCCGACAACAUCAGUCCAGUGGCCAGCCCCGUCCACACAGGGUUCCUUGUAAGUUUCAUGGUGGAUGCUCGCGGGGGAUCAAUGCGGGGCAGCAGGCACAACGGCCUCCGGGUCAUCAUCCCACCCCGGACAUGCGCAGCGCCCACGCGCAUCACCUGCCGCCUGGUCAAGCCCCAGAAACUUCCGGCGCCGCCCCCUUUGGCUGAGGAGGAAGGACUGGCCAGCAGGAUUAUCGCACUCGGCCCGGCCGGAGCACAGUUCCUCAGCCCUGUAAUUGUGGAAAUCCCUCACUUUGCCUCGCACGGGCGCGGGGACCGGGAGCUGGUCAUCCUUCGCAGCGAGAAUGGCUCUGUGUGGAAGGAGCACCGCAGCCGCUAUGGAGAGAGCUACCUGGACCAGGUCCUCAACGGGAUGGAUGAAGAGCUGGAGAGCCUUGAGGAACUCGAAAAGAAGAGGAUUUGCCGCAUCAUCACCACGGACUUCCCCCUCUACUUCGUGGUCAUGUCUCGCGUGUCCCAGGACUGUGAGCUGAUUGGUCCAGAAGGCGGCUCUCUGCAGAGCACAUUGGUGCCCUUGGUCCAGGCCACGUUCCCGGAAACAGCCGUCACCAAAAAAGUCAAGCUGGCUUUGCAGGCGCAGCCGGUGCCGGAUGAGCUGGUGACGAAGCUUCUGGGGAACCAGGCGACGUUCAGCCCCAUUGUGACGGUGGAGCCACGCCGCAGGAAGUUCCACCGCCCCAUCGGGCUGCGUGUCCCUCUGCCCCCCUCCUGGAGGGAGAACCCCCGGGACAGCGGAGAAGGGGAUACCACCAGCCUCCGGCUUCUCUGCAGCGUUAUAGGCCGGAUCAGUACCGUCUCCGGCGUGACGCAAGGGAUCCGUGGGAUCGCUGGUGACUCUUCCCUCCUGAAAAGGCAAAGUGAAAAAGAAUGCAUUGCCUUCAGUGAGCGCAACAUCGGUUACUGGUCAAGUCUUCCUUCCAAGGAAUUUGACGAAGAGUCCCUCAUCCCAAGCAGCCCUGCGACAGAGACCUCCGACAACAUCAGUCCAGUGGCCAGCCCCGUCCACACAGGGUUUCUUGUAAGUUUCAUGGUGGAUGCUCGCGGGGGAUCAAUGCGGGGCAGCAGGCACAACGGCCUCCGGGUCAUCAUCCCACCCCGGACAUGCGCAGCGCCCACGCGCAUCACCUGCCGCCUGGUCAAGCCCCAGAAACUUCCGGCGCCGCCCCCUUUGGCUGAGGAGGAAGGACUGGCCAGCAGGAUUAUCGCACUCGGCCCGGCCGGAGCACAGUUCCUCAGGUUCUGGCUGGCGGAUUGCCCGCGGACAGCCGAAGCCGUCCAUUUUGCCACCCUGCUGUACAAAGACCUGGCCGCCGUGCCCUACAUGGCCAAAUUCGUGGUGUUUGCAAAGAUGAACGACGGGCGGGAAGGCCGCCUGCGCUGCUACUGCAUGACGGACGACAAGGUGGACAAGACCCUGGAGCAGCACGAGAACUUCACCGAAGUGGCACGAAGCCGGGACAUUGAGGUGGUGGAAGGGAUGCCGCUCCAUACGGAGCUGUCUGGGAAUCUGGUGCCGAUCAAGAAGGCCGCCCAGCAGCGCAGCUUCCUGUUCCAGUCAUUCCAUGAGAACCGCCUCAUCAUCCCAGUUAAGGUACGAGACAGCAGUCGGGAAGCAAGUGGCUCGUUGUCGUUCCUGCGCAAGCCCAUGAAAUACGAGGAGCUGCAGCAUGUUCUUUGCCACCUGAACAUCACCAUGCCACCUUGCUCCAAGAGUUCCGGAAGUGAGGAGCGAAGGAGAACGUUGACGCCGCUGGCCCUUCGCGAGAGAUACAGCCUCCUCAGCGACAGCACUUUGGGCUCCGUCAGCAGCACCGAGAAGGACAGGACUGACAUGAAAAUGGCUGUCAUUGCGGAACAUCUGGGCCUCAGUUGGGCUGAAUUAGCCCGGGAGCUGCAGUUUGGAGUGGAUGACAUCAACAGGAUCCGUGUGGAGAACCCCAACUCCCUGCUGGAGCAGAGCAUGGCGUUGCUGAACCUCUGGACCAGCCGUGGGGGACAGAGUGCCAACAUGGAGAACCUCUACACGGCCCUCCGCAACAUUGACCGCAGCGAGAUCAUCAACAUGUUGGAAGGCUCGGCGCGGCAGAGCCGGGGCCUGAAGGGUGACAAGCGCUACUCCAACAGAGACUACUCCCUAUCGCCCUCCCAGAUGAAUGGUUACGCUUCGCUGCAGGACGAGCUGCUCUCCCCCGCCUCCCUGCAUUAUGCGCUGCCCUCCCCGCUGCGUGCUGACCAGUACUGGAGCGAGGUGGCCAUUAUGGACGCCAUCCCCAUGGCCGCCAGCGAGCAGGACGCCCUGAUGGAGAUGUCGGACAUGCAGGUGUGGUCCUCGGGGCUGACCCCCUCGCUGGUGACCGCCGAAGACUCCUCCCUGGAGUGCAGCAAGGCCGAGGACUCGGACGCCACGAGCGAAGGCCGCUUCCCGGGACACAUCCCGGAGGAAGUCCACGGCCCCGACCCGCUGGGCUCCAUGGACCUGGUCGAGGACGACACCGUGGACUCAGACGCCAUGAAUGGCCUGAUGGACAUGCUAGAGCAGGAGGAAGGCCAGCAGAAGGUGCAAGCCCACAUCACGGAGUCGCCCUCGGUCAGCCGCGUCGUGGACAAGGGCAAAGACAGGCUGGGCGAAUGGGCGGUGGAGAGCUCCUUCAUCUCGACCUUCUCGGACCUGCCCAAAGGAGUGUCCUUGAGUCCGCCCAGGUUGCGGCCGGCGGUGCCCUACAAGGUGCGGGGCCGGGAGCGGGAGAGGCCGGAGCACAUGCGCAUUGACUCCUCGGAGGAGAGGGAGAGCCCCCCGCCACACAAGGAUUGGGGCCUCCAGCCGGGGAGGCGGACGGGCCUCACCCAGUGGCUCAAGGAGACCACCGAGAGCAGCCUCUUCGGACAAACGCAGCGCGACGUCCUUGCUGAUUCCUUUUUUCCUUCUCGUCCUUUGACAGUGGAGAACCUCUACACGGCCCUCCGCAACAUUGACCGCAGCGAGAUCAUCAACAUGUUGGAAGGCUCGGCGCGGCAGAGCCGGGGCCUGAAGGGUGACAAGCGCUACUCCAACAGAGACUACUCCCUAUCGCCCUCCCAGAUGAAUGCUGCUUUGCAGGUCCCGACGGAAAGGGGAGGGCUGCGCCACCGCCCCGAGCCUGCCUGGCAGAGAGACCCUCUCCUCCCCACGCAUUGCCGAGCAGGCAAAGUCCGGCUGCAGCUACGCAACGACACUCUCCAAGGGCUGCAUGGAGCAAAGUCAUACGAUACACGGGAGCCCUUUUGCCCCGGCGGGGGGGAAAUACGUUACGCUUCGCUGCAGGACGAGCUGCUCUCCCCCGCCUCCCUGCAUUAUGCGCUGCCCUCCCCGCUGCGUGCUGACCAGUACUGGAGCGAGGUGGCCAUUAUGGACGCCAUCCCCAUGGCCGCCAGCGAGCAGGACGCCCUGAUGGAGAUGUCGGACAUGCAGGUGUGGUCCUCGGGGCUGACCCCCUCGCUGGUGACCGCCGAAGACUCCUCCCUGGAGUGCAGCAAGGCCGAGGACUCGGACGCCACGAGCGAAGGCCGCUUCCCGGGACACAUCCCGGAGGAAGUCCACGGCCCCGACCCGCUGGGCUCCAUGGACCUGGUCGAGGACGACACCGUGGACUCAGACGCCAUGAAUGGCCUGAUGGACAUGCUAGAGCAGGAGGAAGGCCAGCAGAAGGUGCAAGCCCACAUCACGGAGUCGCCCUCGGUCAGCCGCGUCGUGGACAAGGGCAAAGACAGGCUGGGCGAAUGGGCGGUGGAGAGCUCCUUCAUCUCGACCUUCUCGGACCUGCCCAAAGGAGUGUCCUUGAGUCCGCCCAGGUUGCGGCCGGCGGUGCCCUACAAGGUGCGGGGCCGGGAGCGGGAGAGGCCGGAGCACAUGCGCAUUGACUCCUCGGAGGAGAGGGAGAGCCCCCCGCCACACAAGGAUUGGGGCCUCCAGCCGGGGAGGCGGACGGGCCUCACCCAGUGGCUCAAGGAGACCACCGAGAGCAGCCUCUUCGGACAAACGCAGCAUGCCUCCACCCAUCCCCAAGUCGGGAAGUGUUCCUGCUGUCGUGCCAGCACAGGCAUUGCUCUCCGGCCAUGGAAAGGGAAGGCAGGUUUUAGGGUCUGGGUCAGGAGUGGGGAAACCGUGGUGGGCACCAUGUGGGGCUUCCUGACCCAGCUGCUCAUCAGCUUGGUGCUGCUGGGCUUCUUCCUGGUCAGCUGCCAGAACCUCUUGCACAUCGCCCAAGGCUCGUUCCGCUUUGUGUUGAAGCACAUCCACCAGGAGCUGGACAAGGAGCUGGGCGAGACCGAGGGGCUCAGCGACGAUGAGGAGCCCGUCUCCACCCGCGUGGUGCGGCGACGGGUCAUCGUCCAGGGCAACGAAGCGCUGGAGAUUCCUGGGGAACAAGUGACCGAAGAACAAUUCACUGACGAGCAAGGCAACAUCAUCACCAAGAAAAUUAUCCGGAAGGUGGUGCGGCAGCUGGAUACGGACGGCACGGGCGAUGGGCGGCAACACGAAGAGGAGGAGGCCCAAGGGAGCGCCCCCAGAACGGAGCUGCUUGGGGGCAGGAUGGGGGCUCAGAUAGUGAAACGAGCCAGCCUGAAAAGGGGGAAGCAGUGAACCCCCCCAACCCUCCCUCCCUCCAGUGGCCUCUUUGGAGGGCUUUGCCUCGACACCGACCCACUGACCUCCACCCCCCUCGUGCCCCCCACACGGCCAGGCGAGCGAGUGGAGCCGCGAGCUCAGCAGGAAGGGGCCGGCUGGCUGUCCACCGAUUCUUUAGGUUAACGGCAUGAUUUCCGCAAGGGACAUAAUAACUUUACCGUCUUAUUCGCAUGACCGACUGACUGCAGACGCAUGAGCUACAGUUCUUCCUCCUGAAUCAAAGCCUGAACCAGGAAUCCCGGGAGAGGAGGAAGCGACACAACGCCAGUGCGUGCGUGGUGGGGGGCACAAGAGGGGUCCGUCCGUUCCUCGGCUCCCCCCUCGACAACGCCUCCACCUCCCGGGAAGGAGUUUGCCGGACAGAGCUCACCUGCCAUCCCACCUGCCCCUGCUUCGCCCUCUGGCCGUGUCUGGACCUCCUGGGUGCCGGAGGAUGUCAAACGAGGGUCCCCUUGGGCCUGGGAGGCGGGAAGCAGCGGGCGGCUGCCCUGACCCUCCCCUCCUCCCUUGUGUUCGGGUGGAAAAGCGUGACCUGGACAGUUGCUCAAACCUUGUGUAUAUGAUGAUAUGAACAGAUAUCUACUAUGCAAACACAAAUAGGGACGUUCGGCAGGAUUGUAUUGGCUCAUCUCCCUGAAAUACCUCCACAGGCUACCAGUU